CUCUUUCUUGUCACAGGCUCGUGCUCCCUCACGUUCGACCAACAGCACUUUUUACGCCAGCUCGCGCCAUGCGCCGCCCGUGGAAGCACCCCACCCCGGCGUACGGCGCCGCCGCCGCCGCUGCGCGCCACGGCUCCGCCGACCUGUGCCUCCGCGAGGUCGGGGGGCUCCUCCCCCGCCGCUUCGCCCGCCGCGCCGCCGCCUCCGAGGACCUCAUAAUGCGCCUCCAGAUUCACAAGAAGCUCAACAGGCACACAGGAUGUGUGAACACAGUGGGCUUCAAUGCAGAUGGUGACACCCUCAUAUCGGGGUCCGAUGAUCAGCUGGUAAUGUUGUGGGACUGGGACACUGGUGCAGUUAAAUUGCAGUUUCAUUCAGGCCAUGCCGAUAAUGUGUUCCAAGCACGGUUCAUGCCUUACACGGAUGAUCGCACCAUUGUCACUUGCGCAGCUGAUGGCGAGGUAAGAAUUGCCAAGAUCCAGGAUGGUGGAGAUGUGCCUACUUCAUUGCUUGGUGAACAUGAUGGAAGGGCUCACAAGUUGGCAAUAGAGCCUGGAAGCCCUUACAUUUUCUAUAGCUGUGGCGAAGACGGCCUUGUUCAACAUUUUGAUUUAAGGACAGAUACAGCCACCAAACUAUUUAUUUGCAGAAACUCUUUUACAAAACCAGGAUACUCCUCUCAUAUCCAUCUUAAUGCGAUUGCAAUGGAUCCACGGAAUCCGAAUCUUCUUGGAGUUGGAGGAAGCAAUUCUUUUGCUCGUGUCUAUGAUAUUCGUAAAUACAAGUGGGAUGGGUCAUCUGAUUUCGGUCACCCUUCUGACUGCUAUUGUCCACCACAUCUUAUUAACACUAGGAGUCCGGGUGUUGGAAUAACAGGGUUAGCAUUUUCUCACCAGAGUGAGUUGCUUGUAUCUUACAAUGAUGAGAAUAUUUACCUUUUCCCCAAAAAUGGAGGGCUGGGACCCGACCCAAAAUCGUCUGUCAAGAUUGAAGGCAAUCAAGGGUCCAAAUCAACAAUGGCUGCAUUUGACGAAGAUACUGUUCGACCUGCGCCUCAGGUAUAUGUUGGGCAUCGUAAUUGUGAGACUGUGAAGGGCGUGACUUUCAUUGGGCCAAAUCAUGAAUAUGUUGCUAGUGGGUCAGACUGUGGUCGGUUAUUUAUUUGGAGAAAGAGAGAUGGAAAUUUUUUACGGGCGAUGGAGGGUGAUGAAUGCAUUGUCAAUUGUAUUGAGCCCCAUCCUCAUGCCAUGACGAUUGCAAGCAGUGGAAUUGAUAAUGAUGUGAAGCUAUGGACUCCCUCUGCUAUGGAGCGAGCACGAGUGCUAAAUGUCGAGGAGUUGAAGCCCCGAAAGAGAAAAGCAAAGCUCUGGCACUUUGCCUUACCGGAGCAAUUGGUCUGGCACGUGCUGACUUCACGUCGUAGGCAGCAAGGAGCGGGAGAAGAUUCAUCUGAGGAUCUUGAAGACAACACAGAAUUGCUUAAUCUUGUACUGCAAGCUGCAGACAGAGAUAACUCGUCUGAUGACAGUGAUGAGGAUAAAGAAAUCUCUGAUGGUUCUGAAGACUAGAGCCAAAUGAUCUAUUGUCCUCUGGGAAUCUUGCAAAGCAAGUUUGUAUAUAUACAAUGAUAAUUUUAUUCCAUUUUCAUGGAUAAUAAUAGCAUAAAUGUGCUUAUGUAGCUCGUGACUAUCAUUGCUGCUAUACAUCUGUGUUCCUAGAGCGUAUUAUUGAGAAUUUCCAGGCGUAAA